UACCAGUCGAUCAGAGUGAAGAAAUCAUUUCCUGCGAGAUAUGAAACAGCAGAAAUCCAAAUGUAGAGAAGUUAAGAAACAGAGGGCAGAUCUUCAUUGAUCUGCAGAGUAGCAGAGCAUCGCAAUGGCCCUGCCCUUUCUGACCUGCAUCACUCUCUGCGUCGUUGGCUCAGUCAUCCCAGCCCUUGCAUUACCUCCUACUGAGCCGCCGCUGAUCCGUGACCACCCUUUUGUGGCUAUAUGGAACGCCCCCAUUGACCGCUGCCACCAGCUAGAAAUCCCCCUGGACACGGCAGCCUUCCAGGCCGUCACUACGCCCACAGCUGCGCCUGGGCAGUUCCUGACCCUCUUUUAUGAAAACCGCCUUGGCCUUUACCCCAAAGUUGACACCGUCAACCACAAAAUCUACAAAGGUGGCGUCCCCCAGAAAGGCAACCUGACAGAACAUCUUACCCAAGCACAAAGGCAGAUAAAUCGCUACAUCUCCCAAGAUGCUGCUCCGGGGCUGGCUGUCAUUGACUGGGAGUCCUGGCGUCCUCUGUGGGACCAGAACUGGGGCUCAAAACGUAUUUAUCAGAAGUUAUCCAUCACCCACGCUAUGCAGAUUGGUCCAUUUUUGUCAUCAAGGAAGAUUUCCAGACUGGCAAAAAAGCUGUUCCAACAAGCCGGGCGGCGCUUCAUGGAGAAAACCAUCAGUCUGGGCAUUGGCGAGCGUCCCAGCCGCCGCUGGGGCUUCUACCUGUUUCCUGACUGCUUUAACUAUGGAUGGAGCAAGGAAAACUACACUGGGAAGUGUUCCCCUAAAAUUCAGUGGCAGAACAACAUGCUGAUGUGGCUGUGGGAACGAAGCACUGCCCUCUUUCCCUCUGUCUACCUCCACCGGAGCCUGAGGAACUCACCCAAGGCCGCACUCUUCGUCCGCAAUCGUGUCCAGGAGGCGGUGAGGGUGGCGGCGCUGCCUAGACGUCCCUACACGGUACCAGUCUAUGUCUACUCCCGGCCACUCUACCGAGAUCAGACCCGGAAGUUUGAGAGCCAGGCGGAUCUUGUCAGUACCGUUGGAGAGUCUGCUGCUCUGGGAGCUUCUGGGGUCGUGAUGUGGGGGGGCACCAAAGACUACAGGAGCAAGGUCGCCUGCCAGAGUCUGUCCGAAUAUCUGGAAUCUACUUUCAACCCAUACAUUGCCAAUGUGACGGCAGCUGCCAUGCUCUGCAGCGAAGUGCUGUGCCAGGGAAAAGGCCGCUGCGUCAGGAAGGACUACGACUCCCCCACUUACCUGCACCUGAACCCCACCAGGUUCGACAUCCUCCGGGAGGGCGGGAAGUACGUGGCCGUUGGUCUCCCAGCUGCCAGGGAUCUCAAGAUCUGGGCGGAAAACUUUACCUGUCAGUGCUAUGCUGGCUGGUACUGUGCUCCCAAACUGGUUAUUCCAAACAAAAUCAAACUAAUCAAGGUUUAAAGUGUGAGGAGAGUGAAGUCACUGCUGCCUCACAGAUCUGAUUAUAUUCAAGUUUUGCCCUGAAACACAUGACACAAGCAACUGCUGUGGUCAUUCUCAAAAUAAAGAUGGAUGGAAUAAA